AUGCCUUCCGUCUCUUUUGCAACCUUUCUUAUUAUCUGCCCCACCUCAUUCUUCCUGGGCAUCCUCUUCUCCCUCUUCCCUUACGACUACCCGCUAUUGUGGUCCUCGCUGCCUACGGCGGCGUCGCACUUUGACGCCAUCGAAACGCACUUGAAACUGCUGCACAAUGCGCCGAAUCUAAUCGUGCGCAUCCUGCACAUCAUGCUGGGCAUGGGCCUCCUCGGCCUGAUCAUCAAGCUCUACAAGCCGAGCGAGUCCAACAUGCUCUUCGACGGCGGCAGUCUGGUGCUCUACAUGGUCGCGGUGAUCGUGUACAUUGCGAACAUUGUCAAAGGGCUGAGGAUCGUCAGUGAGGGCAGCUAUGGCCUGGGCUCGGAACAGUUGACGCAGGAUCAGCUAGACGAUGUGAAUGCCCGGGGCUAUGACCCAAAUGCAGGGGAUAGUGUGCUUGGCCGGGAGGACAACCUGAAGGUCCUGGCCGCGAGUAAUACGAUCUUGGCGCUGGUGUUGGUUGGCGUACUUGUCCUUCAGGUCGGCCAGUGGUACGCAGACAGGACGGACGAGAACGCGCUGAAGGCCUUCCAGGAGAAGGAGAAGGCAGAGCAGGAGAAGAAGGAGCUGGAGGGGUCGAGUCCCCUGGUCAAGAGGUCGAGUAGUGGGAAAGAGGGGAAGAAGACAAAAUGA